ACUGACGACUGGUUUCCCAUGUGAGGGACGUGUUGGGUGUGUAUUAUUAUUCUUUGAGAGUUUUAAAUUUAGAGAGUGAUCAGAAGUGGAGUAGUCAAAACCGCAUAUCAAUAUCUGACGAAAGAAGCAACUUAAAACGUGGCUGCAUAUUUUGAAAAAUGGCCCGAAGCGGUGUUUUUAGAUGAAAUUCAAUAAGAGCUUAUGACAGAAUUGCCGGAUUUUCGCUAGUGACUGCCUUGUGUGAUAUUUACAGUCGAUCUGCAUUACUGCUUAAAAAAUGUUCCGAGGAAUCAAAUGGAAGAAGAUACUGAAAUUGAGCGCCUACGGUGGUGCAGGAGUGGGUUUGAUCUCUUCUCUUCACGCCAACAACUAUGAUGUCACUUCUGUCGGCAUUGUGCGCUUUGCAAAUGCAGCUAAAGCUGUGCUGGAUAUUUCUGUCUACUACAAGAAAAAUCUGUACAAGACCGAAGUCAAGUUGAUGGACCAGGAGUCUGACGAGUAUUUGAAACUAAAAUCAGAGGUUCACCAAUGGGGUGCAGAACGACUGCUGAAGCUCUGUUGCCUCAACAAAGGUGUAUUUAUUAAAGUUGGCCAGCACAUUGGUGCUUUGGACUACCUACUUCCUGUUGAAUAUGUGAACACUAUGAAGGUUUUGCACAGCAAAGCUCCUAAAUCGUCUUUGAAAGACGUGUACACCGUCCUUCGACAAGAUCUAGGGAAAGAGCCAGAGGAAAUUUUCAAAAGCAUCGACCCUGAGCCUCUCGGUACUGCGAGUUUGGCUCAGGUGCACAAGGCAGUUUUACAUGACGGAAGGACAGUGGCAGUGAAAGUGCAGCAUGCCAGCGUCAGAGGCAACUCAAUAGUAGACCUCAAAACUAUGGAGUUUUUAGUGUCGAUUGUCUCUCGUCUCUUCCCUGAUUUUCGUUUUGAGUGGUUAGUGAAGGAAACAAAGAGGAAUAUUCCUCUGGAGCUGGAUUUCCACAAUGAGGGCAAGAACGCAGAAAGAGCUGACAGGAUUCUAGUGCACUUUCCAUGGCUAUUUGUUCCUAAAAUUUACUGGAACCUGACAACCCCGAGAGUUCUGACCAUGGAGUUUGUUGAGGGAGGUCAGAUCAACGAUGUUGAGUACAUCGAAAAAAGCAAGAUUAAUAAAGUGCAGCUCUCCUCUAGACUAGGAGACAUGUAUUCAGAAAUGAUUUUCAAGCACGGAUUUGUUCACGCAGAUCCUCAUCCAGGCAACAUUUUGGUCCAGGCUUGUAACAAUGACUUCAGAAUCAUUCUCUUAGACCAUGGGUUAUACGCGGAGCUGGAGCCGAAAUUCCGCCGACAGUACGCUCGUUUGUGGUUGAGCAUCAUGAACUUUGACAUGCCUGCAAUCAAGCAGGUUGCCAAUGAUUUGGGAGUUGGUGACCUGUACUGGCUGCUUUCUUGCAUGGUGACUGGCAGGACCUGGGAAUCGAUAUCUGGUGCUGGUGGAAUUACCAAAUCUAAACCUGGCGCCGAUGAGAAAAAGGUCUUCCAGCAACGGAUACCGCAAUUCUUGCCUCACAUCAACGCGGUGCUGUCUCGAGUGGACAGACAGAUGCUCCUCCUCUUCAAGACCAACGACCUUCUGAGGGGCAUCGAGCACACGCUGAAAACCCACGGGAGGAGAGCUGCCCUGCUGACCAUGGCGGCUCGCUGCGUCCAAGCCGAGUACUCGGAGCAGCGGAGAGAGGCGCUGGGCGCCCUGCAGAGAAACGCCAUCACCAUUUGCGAAGUGUGGACCUUGUUCAAGCUGAAAAUUUGGUACUUGAUGCUGAGCAUCACUGAUAUCCUUGGAUUUGCUUGAGAUCGACGCCGUUUUUGCUCAAGACUGAUGUUCAAAACGCAGUUAUUAAUUUAUUCAAAUCAAAACUAACCUCAAAAUAUUUUUGAAAAUAGGAUAUUAAUUUAUGGUAAGGUCAAUGCUUAUAAUGGGUGCGUGUUUUAUGGUACUUGUAUAUUUUGUUAAUCACUAACUAUCUUUUUCUAAAUAUUUUGAAAUAACCGAAAUAACUAAAAUUCCAACCAGAUGAUGUUCUAUAUAGUUACGGAAAAAAUUGUUAACCACAAGUUCAAGUCUCAAGAAAGAAAAAUUAGAGGAACCAAAACAACGCGCAAGAUAUUAUUAUUGUUGUUGUAAAACUACUUUUGUUUGCUUGUUAACCACAAUUAGAUGUUAAAAUUGAAACUAUUUUUGUAAACCGUGAAUGGUAAUAAAACACAUUAUGCAAGACAUGAGCGCAUUAAAUAAUGUUAUCAACUGAUUGAAUAAAAUGAUAUCGAUGUGAUAAGACAGA